AGCUGUAGGAGCGGCCACGUCACCGGGAGAAGCCGCUGCCGCCGCCGCCAAGUUCCCUCAGAGUUUGGGGCAAGUUUGUGUCCAGAGUCCGGGCGCCAUGAACGUGUUCCGUCUGGCCGGGGACCUGUCCCACCUCUUCGCCAUCCUCAUCCUGCUCGCCAAGAUGUACAGCACCAAGUCCUGUGCCGGUAUCUCCGGGAAGAGUCAGCUCCUCUUUGCCUUGGUGUUCACCACCCGCUACCUGGACUUAUUCACCUCAUUUAUCUCCGUCUACAACACCGCCAUGAAGAUUAUUUUCCUGCUCAGCGCCUACAUCACCAUCUACCUGAUCUACAUGAGGUACAGCUCAACCUUCGACCGGGAGAACGACACGUUCCGUGUGGAGUUUAUCCUGGUCCCCGUGGCCGGAUUGUCCUUCCUGGUCAACCACGACACGGCCCCCCUGGAGCUAUUUUGGACAUUUUCCAUUUACCUGGAAUCGGUUGCUAUACUGCCACAGCUCUUCAUGAUCACCAAGACUGGUGCAGCGGAGACCAUCACCACCCACUACCUGUUCUUUCUGGGAGUGUACCGGGCUCUGUAUCUCGGCAACUGGAUCUGGCGUUACCAGACGGAAGGGUUCUUUGAUCAGAUUGCAGUGGUGUCUGGUGCUGUGCAAACCAUCUUCUACUGCGACUUUUUCUACCUCUACAUCACUAAAGUGCUGAAAGGAAAGAGUUUGGGUCUUCCCUUACCUGUCUGAGGCCAGCAUCAUUUACCAAUGCCAGUGACACACCACAGUGCACAUGUACAAGUGGAAGAUGGGAAAUGGCUUUUAAUGAAAUGGAGUUUAAAUAUCAUGUGCAGAGAUGGUAACAAGAGUGUAUGGGUGCUCAUAAUGGCAUUAAUCUUCAACCAUGUAAAUAGUACAACUGUCAACCUGUGAGCUUAAUCUAGUCUGAAGGGUCUCGACCCGAAACGUCACCCAUUCCUUCUCUCCAGAGAUGUUGCCUGUCCCGCUGAGUUACUCCAGCAUUUUGUAUCUUUCAGCUUUAAUCUACAAAAAUGACACUCUUGGCUCUCUUACUGAAGCCCCUUACUUUCCUAUCAUUGCUGCCAUUUGAAUCUGAGUUCUUCCAACCUGACAAUUGCAAAUCUUUACAUAGAAUGGUCAAAUUUCCCUUCCAUCUGUGUGACCCUUGAAAUCUCUUGCAGUGGGUUUUGAGCCUAAGCACAGGACAUUUAUAUUAAAGAGAGCAUAAUUUUUACUAGUUACUUAGUUACACAGCACACUCCCGCAUGCCAACUUAGCAAAAAUAGCCAAAGGGGAAAUGAGCAUUUUAAACCUCUGAAUUACACCUCGUGUAAGAGGAUGAAAAUUACAGGAGUAAUUGGAUUAUUUACACAGAACAAAGAUCUCUGCAAAGAGGAGGAAUGUUUUAUUCCAAUCAACCAUGGCGACACGGUGGAGCAGCGGUAGUUGCUGCCUUACAGCGCCAGACCCGGGUUUGAUCCUGACUACGGGUGCUGUCUGUACGGAGUUUGUACGUUCUCCCCUUGACCGUGUGGGUUCCCCCCGAGAUCUUCGGUUUCCUCCAACACUCCAAAAACGUACAGAUUUGUAGGUUAAUUGGCUUUGUAUAAAUGUAAAAUUGUCCCUAGUGUGUGUAGGAUAGUGUUAAUAUGCAGGGAUGGUUAGUCGACGGGGACUCAGUGGCCAAAGGGCUUGUUUUCACGCUGUAUCUCUAAACUAGUCUUUAACAUGAAAUUGACCAUUGUCUUGUGUUUUGAAUGGCCUAAUUUAUUCCACAUUGUACAGUGAACAUUCUUAUGAUCAGCAUGUGUAGGAAAGAACUGUAGAUGCUGGUUUAAAUCGAAGGUAGACACAAGUCUGAAGGGUCUCGACCCGAAACGUCACCCAUUCCUUCUCUCCAAAGAUUCCGCCUGUCCCGCUGAAUUACUCCAGCAUUUUGUGUCUAUCUUAUGAUCAGCAUGCUCACUCAAAUCUCAACCCCAGAAGCAAUUUGCCUAAAUCACAUUUACCAAUUAUGUUUUAGUUUAAAAUAUCCAUCAGUGUCACUCACCACCAAGGCAGAAGACACUAUUCCUGGGGUACAGGACAGGACAUGGGCGUUCCCUGGUUUGUGAUGGACACAGCCAUGGAUGGAGUCAGGUUUAUGACAUGACGUUUACAUGGUUCAAGUGAAGCUAACUGGUAUCAGAGCAGAACCCAGACAUCUCUCUGCCUUGUCUGUCAAGUGCUUAAUACUUUGUAUGUGUAAUAUUACUUUGUAAAAGCAUUAAUUAUAACCAUCACUGUAACUGCCUGAAA